AGAAAAAAAAAAAAGAAAAAGGAAAAACCCACAAGGACCUUCCUGAAUUGUUCCAGCAGUUCCAGUUCCAGCAAGCAACAACUGGGGCUCCCUCCGGUCUCCAUUUGGGAAUUUGGAGCCUUCCAUUAGCUUCGCUGAAAGAGCAACUCAGUUCAUUAAGCCAUGGUUGGGGGAGGCCUUCUUCCACUUCCAUGUUUCCGCACCCGGAAGCCCCAACCCGAACCCGACCGCGACCCGGUCCUGCUCGUCUCCGGCAUUGGUGGCUCCAUUCUUCACUCCAGGAACAAGAAGUUGUUCGGCUUAGAGACCCGGGUCUGGGUCCGGAUCAUCUUGGCCGAAUUGCUCUUUAAUGAGAGGCUCAUCUCCUUAUACAAUCCCAAAACAGGCUAUGCUGAAUGCGUGGAUGAUCACUUGGAAAUUGUGGUCCCUGAUGAUGAUAAUGGGCUGUAUGCAAUUGAUAUUUUAGAUCCAUCUUCGCUGGUAAAAUGCCUCCAUGUGGAUGAUGUGUAUCAUUUUCAUGAUAUGAUUGAUAUGCUUGUUGGAUGCGGGUACAAGAAGGGAACCACAUUGUUUGGUUAUGGUUAUGACUUCCGGCAAAGUAAUAGAAUUGGCAAGAUCCUGGAUGGUCUUAAAAAGAAGUUGGAAACGGCCUUUAAAGCUUCUGGUGGUAGAAAAGUGAAUUUAAUAUCUCAUUCUAUGGGCGGGCUGCUAAUUUCGUGUUUCAUGUCGCUUCAUAAUGAUAUUUUUUCCAAGUAUGUAAAUAAGUGGAUCAGUAUAGCUUGCCCUUUUCAAGGUGCACCAGGAUGCAUCAACGAUUGUCUGUUGACUGGAUUGCAAUUUGUUGAAGGCAUUGAAAGCCAAUUUUUCGUAUCUAGAUGGACUUUUCACCAGCUGUUGGUUGAAUGUCCUUCAGUUUAUGAGAUGCUGACAAAUCUAGGAUUCAAGUGGCAUGCACAACCACAGAUUCAAGUUUGGCAAAAAAAUUCUGUUGAUGGGAAAACUUCUGUUGGUUUGAAGUCAUAUGGCCCAACUGAAAGUUUUGCUUUAUUUGCAGAAGCAUUGAGAAAUAACGAGAUACAAUUUAAGGGAAAGACUGUUGCCCUACCCUUUAACUUUGAUAUUCUCAAAUGGGCUACUGGUACUCGCAAAGUAAUUGAUAACGCAAGACUACCAGAUGGAGUCUCCUUCUAUAAUAUUUAUGGAAUAUUACUGGAUACACCUUUUGAUGUAUGCUAUGGCUCAGAGACAAUGCCGAUUGAGGACUUGUCUGAGAUAUGUAAAACUUUGCCUGUGUACUCAUAUGUGGACGGAGAUGGUACAGUUCCCAGUGAAUCAGCCAAGGCGGAUGGUUUUCCAGCUGUUGAGAGAGCGGGAGUUGCAGCGAGUCAUCGGGAACUUCUUAAGGACGCAACGGUUUUUCAACUUAUCCAGAAGUGGUUGGGAGUUGAUCAGAAGGUCAAUAAACACCUAACAACUUCCAAAGUGGUUGAUGCUUCUCUCAUGUAGAAGUAGCAUUUAGAAAAACACAAACAUUUUUAAAGGAAGGUAGAGGAACCCUUUCCAUUCCUUAUGAGGUUCUAAUAUACUGUGACAAUGUCUCAUAAUGAAAACUUGAACUUGAUUGUGUAAUUUAUAGUAUUUUAAGCAGGAAUUGUCAAAUCUAUACUAUCUAUGAAACUAUUUAUAAUUAUAUACU